AUGACUCAAAGUUCGACCUCCAAGGGAACAAUAAAGGUUGCGGACUAUCUGUUCGCCCGACUCUGCCAGCUCGGCAUCCAGUCUAUUUUUGGGGUUCCGGGGGACUACAACCUCAGACUACUGGAUUUUGUGGAGCCAUCUGGGUUGCACUGGGUUGGAACCUGCAACGAGCUGAACGGUGCAUACGCGGCGGAUGGAUAUGCUAGGAUCAACGGCUUGGGGGCCUUGAUCACCACGUUUGGUGUCGGUGAGCUCUCCGCCAUCAACGGAAUCGCAGGCGCCUAUGCGGAAAAGGCUCCUGUCAUUCAUAUUGUCGGCACGCCAUCGCGUGCGUUGCAGGAUGCCCGCACCUUAGUCCACCAUACCUUCGCCGAUGGAGAAUACAACCGAUUUGCGGCAAUGCACGCCCAAGUCACGGUUGCUCAAGCGAACCUCAUUGACCCUCGCACAGCGACAGAACAGAUCGAUUGGGCAUUACAGCAGUGCCUGGUCCAUAGCCGACCGGUCUACAUCCAAGUUCCGGAUGAUAUGGUUGACGUCAUGAUCCCGGCGUCAAGUCUCGAAACAAAAAAGAUCGGAUUACCUGCUACCCCGAGUCACAAGCACGAGACUUCAAUUUUUACAACCGUGCUGGAGCGCAUUUACUCUGCUAAGCGCCCAAUGAUAUUUGUGGAUGGAGAAAGCAGGGCUCUGAAUAUCCUCCCCCAGGUUGAUGAACUAAUUAAAACUACCCAUUGGCCGACGUGGACAUCCGCCUAUGGAAAAGGUCUGGUUAAUGAGCAAUUAGAUAAUGUCUACGGUUUCUACGGUGGAAACUACGGCGCCGAGCAAGAGAAAGCAUACUUUGACUCGGCCGAUUUAGUCCUUGUGCUCGGGCCUCACUACAGCAACACUAAUACGCUAGGCUUUGCCACAAUCCCCAGACAAGAAGUAUCUAUCUCCUUCUCGGGGUCCACCAUUCAAAUUGGAAAAGAUCUCCACAGAGACUUCUCAAUCAAACAGUUCCUCACUCAGUUGUUGGAAAGUCUAGAUCAUAGUCGCAUUCCGAAAAUCAAUGGAGCACCCCCUAAGCCCAAGGGAGACCUAAGUCAUAUCAACAAGUCUGAUCUCAUCACACAAGAUGAUUUCUACCGUUUUGUCGACCGACUCUUCCGCGAGGGAGAUAUCGUGGCUACGGAAACAGGGACAGCCUCUUAUGGUGGACGCACAUUUACUCUUCCCCCUAAUACACGUAUGUUUUGUGCAGUGACAUGGCUGUCGAUCGGGUACAUGCUUCCUGCCUGUUUCGGUGCUGCUCUGGCGCAGCAAGAAACGAACAAUUUUAAACCUUCCAACGGUGCUGGUACUGGCAAAGGUCGACUGUUCCUAUUUAUCGGAGACGGCAGUCUACAGAUGACAGUGCAGGAGAUAAGCUCGAUCAUUCGAGAGAAACUUGAUGUCACCAUUUUUGUUAUUAAUAACGCCGGGUAUACUAUCGAACGGGCAAUCCAUGGCCGGAACCAGUCAUACAACGAUAUUGCCCCUUGGAGACAUCUGCAAGCACUUAGCUUCUUUGGCGGCAGUGAAGAAGACGCCGCGAAGAACACUUUCAGCGCAAGAACCUUUGGGGAAUUAGAAGAAGUGCUGCACUCGGACCGGAUCCAGAAAGGCAAUGGGCUUAGAAUUGUUGAGGUUCACAUGGGUCGGGAAGACUGCCAAGGUCUCCUGAGAACCCUUAUGAACAACCAGAUCGCACAAGAUGCAAAACAAUAA